GAACGAACAAAAUUAUUAUAAUGAAAAUGAUAUUCCUCCAACACAUUCUUGUAUAACAUUUAGAAAUUUUUCAACCAAAUGGUAAGAUAUGUGUGUGGAUUGAAUCGUUGUUUUAGUUUACCUGUAACGCUUGUCGGUAACACAUUCUAAAAAAAAAUAAUUUUGUCGUCGGUUUCGUGUUGUUUUUUGUUUUGCUAUUUAUUUUGAUAAUUUAUCUAUAGCAAAAAUCGCCUUCGAAAACGAUAAAAUAAAAAUUAAUGCUUAUGUGGACAAGAUAAAAAAACAAACGGCAAAACGAAAUUAAUAGAGAAUCGCAUUUUAAUUUAAACGAACUUACGAAAGAAAAUAACAGAAAAAAAAAUAAUUAUUUAUUGAAGUGGUUCCCAUUCAGUGAAAUAAAGAAGCAGUAAAACCCUACGUACGACAGAAAAUAUGUUAAGUUUGUGUACAUCUCAAACGAAUUAUUAUAAGUGCAAUUCAUGACCAUUCAACAUUGGAUUAAAAAAAUGUUUGCCCCGCGAAAUUCAUCACCUGUUCAACUUUUUACCAGCGACGAAAUAGCUGCGUAUCAGAUAAAACUGAAGAAAGUGUUGGGCCUAACAGUAUGUAGCAAUGCAGCGCUCGAUGUGUCGCCUACGACUGGUGUUUUAGCCUAUCCAGCAGGGUGCACAGUCGUCUUAUUUAACUCAAAGAAACUGAAUCAAUCAUACUUACUGAAUACGUCCAGAAAAGCCAUUACCGCUAUUGCCUACUCACAAUGUGGACGUUACAUUGCAACUGGAGAAUGCGGUCAAAAUCCGGCAAUCAAAGUUUGGGAACUGGAUACGACAAAUGGAAAAGCAGAGAGUGGCACAACUGGUGGCACUAUGGUAGCCGAAUUUCUCGGUCACAAAUACGCCAUCAGUUGCAUAGCAUUUUCACCGACCGGCAAGUAUCUAGUGUCUGUCGGCUCCCAACAUGACAUGAUUGUGAACGUAUUCGAUUGGAAAUCAAAUUUGAAAAUUGCAUCGAACAAAGUCAGUGCCAAGGUGGUGGAUGUGUGUUUCAGCGAGGAUGGAAGUUAUUUUGUUACUGUAGGAAAUAGACACGUUAAAUAUUGGUAUUUGGAAGGGAGUAGGAAGUACAAAGAACCAAUACCACUCAUGGGAAGAAGCGCCAUUCUAGGUGAAUUACGAAAUAACGAUUUUUGUGCGGUUGCCUGCGGUAAAGGUGAUGCUGCCGACAGUACAUAUGCUAUAACUCGGAAUGGCCAUUUAGUCGAAUUUAAUUCAAGACGUCUGCUUGAUAAAUGGGUUGCGUGUCGAACAACAUCAGCGAAUUGUCUGUGCAUCAGUUCCAAAUACAUUCUUGUUGGCUGUGCUGAAUCAAUAAUUCGUGUGUUCAGUGCCGAAACGUUGGAGUAUCUGACCACAUUACCGCGAACGCAUUACUUGGGUGCAGACGUGGCGCAAGGUACACACAUCAGUCACAUAACAGCCGUUCCACCAAAUGCUAAAUUUCCCGACACAAUUGCAAUGGUAUUCGACGAGCCGCGGUCACGGGUCAGUUGCGUGUACAACGAUCACAGUUUGUACAUCUGGGAUCUGCGAGACAUUCGACGCGUCGGCAAAAGUCAUUCGUUUCUGUAUCAUUCCGCGUGCAUCUGGGGCGUAGAAACUGUGCCAUCACACAAUUACCUGAAAACUAAUGUUUCGAAUAAACUGCCAUUGGAUUGCUUCUUGACGUGUUCGUCGGACGAUACGAUUCGUGUGUGGGGUCUGGACGACUGUGAAAACAACGAAAUUUAUCGGCGUAACAUUUACAGCAAAGAACUGCUCAAAGUUCUGUACAUCGACGACGAACUGAACUACAUCAAAGACGUGGACAAUCCGAUAUUGAACAUGGAAAAGCCGUCCAGUUACGAUGGUCGUAACGGUGUUCGAUGCAUCAAAAUUAGUCCCGAUCACAUCCAUUUGGCCACUGGUGAUAGAAGUGGCAACAUUCGUAUUUUUAAUCUAGAAAAUUUGAAAUUAAUCACAACUAUCGAGGCACACGACUCGGAAGUGUUGUGUCUUGAGUAUACCAGUGAGAAAAUCGAUCGAAAGCUGUUGGCCAGUGCCAGUCGCGAUCGACUCAUUCACAUUUUUGACGUUGAAAACAGUUACCAGAUACUACAAACGUUGGACGAUCAUUCGAGCAGUAUAACUUCUGUGAAGUUUAUAGCCGGCAUCAGCGGGAGCGCUUUUCAAAUGGUCUCGUGCGGUGCGGAUAAGUCAAUUAUUUUCCGAACGUUCCAACAGAAUCAAUUCUUGCGCGGAAACAAUUGUUCCGGCAAAAAUACAUUGUACGACAUGGAAAUCGACAGCAAUUCGAAGCACAUCCUAACCGCAUGCCAGGACAGAAAUAUCCGGAUCUACGGUACACAAAACGCCAAACACACCAAAACAUUCAAGGGUUCGCAUUCCGAUGAGGGCAGUCUGAUCAAACUCUGCUUGGAUCUCAGCGGUAUUUACAUAGCCACAUCCUGCACGGACAAAACGUUGAGUGUCUACGAUUAUUAUUCGACCGAAUGCAUGGCUAGAAUGUACGGUCACAGUGAAUUGGUAACGGGCCUUAAGUUUACCAACGACUGCCGACACUUGAUAUCAGCCAGCGGCGAUGGAUGCUUGUUCAUUUGGGACGUUCCGCACGAUAUGAUGGUGACAAUGCAGGCUCGACUGUCUCAACAAGCUUUGCGAUCGGGUCAUCCAAGUGUUCCUCGACACAUAAGCCAGUCAACGGCUAGUGAUGAAUCCCUUACACCCCAUGCAGACACAUUCGGGUCGCCGCCCAAUUUUCUGGAUGAUUUGCCAAAUAAACCAGGUUAUCGUUUCUCAGAUGUUGGACAACUGCCACAAUGGGCGAAAAAGAAAACAAAUGACGAUUCACCACCACCCAGUGCUAAUGUUCUUAGUUCCAGUCCUAGUCAAAGUCAAUUAUUCGGAGCGGGAUCGAAGCCUCGUGGUCGUUGGGCGCAGAAGGGAACCUUCGAACCGGAUGCUUUGGAAUUGCGACCAGCUGAUAGUCCUAAUUCAUCGUACACAAUACCAACCAUUCAAACAAAUAAUCAGACUUCUGACUACAACAGCGGCAGUUCCAAAGAUGUUUACAAUACGUACCUUAGCGAAGACAGUUCGAUUGACAGUGGCAUGGAAAAUCGACGAGAUUUGUUGUCGGUGUCGAAGAAUGACAAGAAACUGAACAGCAUGAACUUUGAGUCGAACAAUGAGCACGAUGGCGAUGUGGAGGACAUAUCCGAUGGAGAACGAACUAGCUCCGAUCACGGAAUGAUGUUCUAUCCCACUGUGGCACCUGGUACUCCAACGGAUUUCAAAGUGAAUGCAAUGAACGAGGAUGAGCUACGGAAAUCGGUACGUCGGCAGAAAUUUGAACGUCAAGGGUUAAGUUUACCAACUGCUACAACUCCAACUGGAACUGGCAGUUCCAGUCCUAGUCAGAGUCAAAUGUUCAACACAACAGACGAUGAAGAUGAAGGCUCAACUCCUAGUGGUGAUAAUGCGGAACGAUCGUUAGCGUCCACAUUGGGUGGCAGUUCUGAAAGUAUACCUCAACAAAGUUCAUCUAGUUUUCUACAAGCAGCUCUCGAUGGACCUGGUGCUUUGUCGGACAGAGGCGAGAGAAGUCGACGAAGCAUCAGUGCAAAACACAAUACGGACAACAAGAAUUCGUCGUAUUCGAAAUCGUUUUCAAAUACUAAGAAAGAAGAACUGAUGAAAGUGAUCAACGAGGCCAAACAGAAAUUGGAAAAUGCUGAUAGCUAUCGUAGCGCAGGUAAAAAACUGAAAACAAUACACGAGGUGGGCUAUCGAUCGAAUUUACGAGCCAGUCAAAGUAUAGCUGAUUUAAGUCGAUCCUCGCAUGUCGAUAAUUCGUUGGCAGGUCGCUUACAACGAACCGGAGACAAUAAUAAAACUCAUGCAAACUACUUGAACUGUGCUGCACCAAAAUCUGUACUAACCCAUAACUGUAACAUCGUACGUCAAUUACAGCGUGACUAUCCACCGUAUCCGUGUGAAAUAGGUCUUUAUCACAACGCAUCCACAGCACAUUCAUUACCACAAAAAGCACAACCACCAUUACCAUCAACGAAAUCAUCAACACGUCCGAAUACUUUAGAAUUACCCAAUUUGGAUCAGGUGUCCACAACGUCGAAUAAACCGACAGUAUUGCCGAUCAAAGGACAAAAGCAUCCGAGUAUCCUCAAACACUAUAAAUCGUGCCCGGUGUCGCCAGUUCACGAAGAAGUGGACUGGUCCAGUUUUGCCGCAGCCAAUCAGGUUGGCAAUAAAAUCACCGUAACUGAACCACCAAAACGCCAUUCCAUGUACCAUGAAGAUGCCAAAACCAUUUUGGAUAUGAUACACAAUGACACCGAGAAGAUGAUAGCGGAAAUAACCGAAAAGUACGGUGAUCUGGAUGAUUUUGAUCCGAAGCGGUCAUUCAUACCGAAAAGCAAUUCUACUGGCGAUAUGCUUAAGCCAAGAUACAGUAAAUCCACGCUACAAGAUAAUGAAUACUUCGACAACGACGACGGUAAUUUUAGUUCAGAUUCGCUAGAAGACUGUAGCUUGGAUCUUGAUGUGCCAAAUUUUGAUCGUCGCAAAGCAACCAAAUCAGUUUGUCCGAAACACAAUCGACGAAAUGAUCAGCCAACCACACUUCCCAAGCGUUCAAGCUCAGACUACUUCAUUUACGAAGAUUUCGGUUUCGCUACGUAUCGAAACGUGUCGUUAUCCGACAUUUUAAACGACGACAAUGAACCCAAAGACAAUUCAUUGUUCAAUUCCCACCAAAGACAUUCAAGUGCUAGCUUCUUUCUGUCGGGCGAUUGUAACAAGAAAAGCCAGGAAAGUUUGUUGUCCGACGAGUAUAGUAUCGGUGGGGCUGAAGGUGUAAGCUAUUGUAACAGCAUGGAAAGCAUCUUGUCUGAUGACUCGGAAUGCAAAAGUGCUCCACUGGAAGCGUUAUUCAUUCGUACCAAACGAGAAAUACUUGGCAGUUAUGCGACGGCAAACAAUGAAAGCCGAACCGUCGAACUAGCGUCUAAGUCUUACGGAUCUAGUCCAAAUGCUACGAGUGGCUUUGACUAUUAUAUGCAAACCUACGACAUGUCCGGCUAUGGCUACGAAACUUUACUAGACAACCAAGUAGGAUCAGAUUCGUCCCGAACACUUAAUCCGAAACCGUUUGCGACUAACACUGUUACAUCCUCACCAACAUUCCCUUGGUUAUCAACUGCUGCGCCUACAUCCAAAAUUGAUGAGUUCAUUCCGCGUCUUACAUCCAACAACUACAGUUCGUCAGUCAACAAAAGUUUGAGCAAAGAAUUUGCCAACCACCGUCAAAACUGCAAAACCAAUCCAAUAUUCGAAUGUGCUGACGAGAGGUCGAGCCAAAAGAAAAUGCCCUCGCAACCGAAAACGGUUAAACGAAUCGAUAUUUUCAAAGAUCCGAGUGUUUAUGUGAUGAAGAAGUCGUGCAGUUUCGAUAUCGAUAUGUUCGAUGGCCGUCGAACGCAACGCAGUACCAAGAAGUACGAACAAAAUCUGGAAAAAUUUGAAAAGGAACGCAAAAUGUCCGGACAAUAUGGAGGUACGCUGGAAAUGGACUAUGUUCCGCAUAAGCCUCCGCCCGCGAAAAAUCGACGAUCGUCUAGUGUGAAAAGCAAACGAAGUCUGCGGGAUAAGGAUCGAUAUCACACGGUUGGAAACUGCGAAACAAAUGUGCAGCAGUCGGAUAAACCGAGCGAUGAGAAAUCAUUCGACGUUUAUGUGGCGGAAAAAGGUGUGACUGAAGAUGAAAAUGUUGAUCAUCUAAAACUGUAUGACAAGCCAGUUGUUCCGAAAGAUAGUUCCGCUGAAUUGUUUGAUCAACUUCACGAAAAACGGGAUGGUAUCGAUGACGGGUCUGUGUUAAAUUCCAAAUUCCUGUCCCAAUCUGAGUACUUAAAGUUCCAAGACAUCGAAAAGAAAAUCGAUGUGAUUAACAAACUGGUCGAAUUAGAAGAGAAAAAACUGGAGCACGAACGUAUACUCAAGGAGAAUCGAAUGAAACCAUUUCAAUGUAACAGCAAAGAGAAGGGUUACGUGAAAUCGUUAACGAUGAACUUUGACAAUUUGGCGAAAACGUUGCAAUACGAAAAUGACUAUGUGCUCACACAGCGACAAUUUGAGCAGCGAAUGAAACGGAAUUUUAGCUUGCCGGAUGUGCUGGAGGGGGCUAAAUUGCAACUGUGCGAAUUGAACAUUGACGACAAUUCGAAUCAACAGUUUGAAAACGCAUUGUCCCUUGAAGGUGUGAGAACAUCCGCUUUCUAUUUGUUACAGUUCCUUCUUAUUUUUUCGGUCAUCGUUGUUUUGCACGAUCUUUUUAAUGCUGCAUGACCCUUGGCUGUUGUUUUUCGUUUUUUUUUUAUUUGUUUGUUGAUGCGCACGAACGAAACAAAAAGAAAAAAGAAAAAAUCAUUGACCGUCGUGUCGUGGUUGAGCACGGUGCGGUUGAGUGAAUUUUAACUGAACAUUUCCAUGCACUUUUGAUAUUUUUGUAU